GACAUAUGCAACUGAUUCGCACAUUUUUGACAUCAUAACAAAUGUCCGAUUUAUGACAUAACCUAAUUUUUGGUAAUUAAACUUUGAAAUCGAAUUUAUUAGUUAAAAUAAGCGUGAAUUUUGCUGUGAUUUGUCUGUUUUGUUUUAUUAAAACGUGAUAAUGUUCGAGCGAAUGCUAAAAGUGAAAUUUGUGCCUUACAAGAAUUGUUUUUGUUACAUAUCGCCAAAGUCAAAUAUACUACAUCUUGGGAAAUAUGUUAAAUUAACGUAUGGAGAAGGUCGUACUGCCUAUUUUUCCGUAAAUUUAACACAGACAAGCAUUGAACACGAUUGUAUUGGUAUCAGUAGAAUAUAUGCAAAAAGUUUGGGAAUACAAGAAAAUGAGAAUAUUAUUAUACUGGAAAUACCUAAACCCCCUUUAAUAAAGUCAAUGGCUAUCACACCAACAUGUGAUAGUGAUUAUGAAGUAUUGAGUUUACUGGCCGAUAAUGUUCAAUCUACAUUGUUGGAUCAAAUAUCUGUGGUCUCUAAUAAUCAAAAUAUUGUUGUUUGGAUUGGGAGGAAUAUUUUUGUAACUCUGCCAGUUUCUGAAAUAAAACCUAUGAAUUUGGGGUGUAUAGAUAACUUUACAGAAGUUGUAGUUAAAACACCAGAAUUAAAAAGCCUUAAAAAAGACACUAAAGAUGUAAAAAAAGUAUCAGCAAAGAAUAAUGAAAUUAAGCAGUUGAAAACUGUAACAAAACUUGAUGAUAACUCUAUAACACACUUUAUAAAACUUAUACAGGGUUACUCAAUUCAAAAUAUUUUAUUAAAAAACCAUAAUUUAUACAUUAAUAACAAAAAAGACUUACUUUAUCGAUUAAUACCUCGUAAAAACGAGAAAAUAUUGGAAAAUCUUAAAGAUUUUUUACACCCUUUUAAUGUUUUUACGACGAAAAAAAAUAUGCCACAGUCAUGGCCAAUAAAAAACACCAAAACAACACAACUAAUAUGCAAUAUGCAACUUUUAACGACUGAUAUAUUUCCCUCAAAGCCAAUCUAUGUUCGAUUAUGUUUAUUAGAAGAUUAUAUUCAGAAUUUCAAUGAUGAUAAAUAUGAAAAUAAUUUGUUUGUUGAUGAUGUAUUAUUCAAACAUUUUGACUGUAAUUUGGGAGCCAGGGUUAUUUUAAAAUAUGAACCAACUGUGCCUUAUAUAACUGAAAUUCAUAUAUGCGCAAAAAAGAGUUAUUUAGUGGAUGUAAAGGACAAAUUUAAAGAAUUUGUGGCUAACAGUACACAAAAUCAAGUUUUAUUGUUAAAUCCGGAAGUUGUUUUUUAUAUGACUUCAAAUAUUAGAUGUAUGAUAAAACUUACACCAGUAGAAGCACCUUUUUGUAUAAUGGAUGAGAAUUUAGCUAGGGAUUGUAAGUAUACUCUAUUGGAUGAUGUUUUGCGUACAAAAGAUCUUGAUGAAGAUAAAAAUAGUCUGGAAUAUACCCUGGAUGCUUCAAAUUUGGGUGGAAUUGUCCAAAAUAUUGUGAAAAAUUUUGAUUUUUCACGAUUAAACAACUUUGAGAACGUUUUGUUAACAGGCAAAUCGGGUACGGGAAAAACGACUUUAACGAAGAUUUUAAAGGAAAAAUUAAGCCAAAGUCCGUAUUAUAUGUACACUGAAACGAUAAAUUGUAAAAAUAUUAAAGGGAAAACUAUAGAUUCGCUAUUGAAAGUGUUUUCCAAGUCUUUUGCUGAUUUGGUGCUACAUCAACCUUCUAUUUUAAUUUUGGACGAUUUACACGUUUUGUGUGAAAGUGUUCCUGGCGAGGAAAUGGCGCCAAACGCCAUCUAUUUUAACAGGAUCAGCGAAAUAUUGCAUAAUUUGCUGAAGUUAUUUUCAAGGAACAAUUUCAUAGGGAUUUUGGCUACCACUGAGUCUGUAUUAAAGCUGAAUGGGAAUAUUUACAUGUCCAGAGGAAGCCAUUUGUUUAAGAAUGUUUUUAGUAUUGACGCGUUUAAUAAAGAUGAUAGAAUAACUUUAUUGAAGUAUUUAUUUUCAAAGUAUACCCUAAAAUGUAUCGAUCUUGAUGCGUUAUCCACUAAAACAGAAGGAUAUGUUAUCCAGGAUUUGAUAAAUUUUGUGAAUAAAACUGUUUAUGAAGCGUAUAAAGAUGAUCCUGACGGUAUAAAAUCCGAGCCGACGAUAACGGAAGUUCACUGCGAGAAAGGACUAAAAACGACCUGCGUGUUAUCCUUGCACGAUGUCCAGUUGCAUUCGCCUGGCAACAAGGAUUUCAGUGACGUAGGAGGAUUAGGCGACGUUAAGAAAAUAUUGGUUGAAAGUCUAUUGUGGCCUGCCCAGUUUCCUGGUAUCUUUGCGGACGCCCCAUUACGCUUACAAUCGGGGCUUCUUUUAUACGGACCCCCGGGUACAGGGAAGACGGUACUGGCCGGUGCAGCUGCGAAACAAUGCGGACUUAGGCUUAUAUCGAUUAAGGGGCCCGAACUGCUAUCGAAAUAUAUUGGAGCUAGCGAGCAAGCCGUACGAGACGUAUUUGAAAAGGCUCAGAGCGCGCGACCCUGUAUCUUAUUCUUCGACGAGUUUGACAGUUUGGCGCCCAGGCGAGGUCAGGAUACGACUGGAGUGACCGAUCGAGUAGUUAAUCAAUUACUAACGCAACUAGAUGGCGUUGAAUCUUUGACAGGUGUAUGCGUAUUGGCUGCAACAUCAAGGCCUGACCUGUUAGAUCCUGCAUUACUAAGACCUGGGAGGUUGGAUAGGCAACUCCUGUGCCCUCUACCAGAUGCGGGUUCCAGGUUCCAGAUUCUAAAGUGCUUAUCGAAAACUAUGGAUUUUGUAGGUGAUAUUAAUCUGACGUUAAUUGCCACACAAACUGAGGGUUUUUCAGGGGCUGAUCUGCAGUCUGUUUUGUAUACUGCUCAACUUUCUUCAGUGGAAAAUAUAAUUUUAGAAAACAGUCCAAAAUCAUCUAACUCGCCAAAAAUCACUCAAAAACAUUUGGUGGAGGCCCUAAAAAAGACCAGACCAUCUUUGACCAAGCAGGAGAGGGCUAAGUAUGAAAGAAUAUAUGCCUACUUUCAAGGAGGGUACAAGGAAGAUUUUAAGGCAGGAAGCAAAGCCACUCUAGCAUGAUUAUUUUUGUAGAUUUUAAAAUUGAUUUUCUUGUUUUAUUAUUAAUUGUUAUAAAUAAUUUAAUUGUUGUUGUUUGUUAUUAAUAA